AUGGAUGAUGACGACGACUCGUGUCUCCUUGAUCUUAUUGGAGACCCACAAGCAUUGAACUAUUUUCUACACGGACCUAGUAAUAAAUCUAGCAAUGAUGACUCAACUAGCACAGGAUAUUCUGCAGCCAAUUCAAAUUCAAUUUUCGCCAACUCCAGUAAUGCUGAUCCUAAGUCAUCCCUCAAAGCCGUAAGCAACCAGCUUGGAGAAGGGCCCAGUGAUGGACUGCCACUUUCAAGUAGCCUUCAGUUUCUUGAAGAUGAACUUGAGUCUUCUCCUCUUCCCGAUCUCAGUGAGGACCAACCUUUCGACAUUCUUCAGAAAUCCCUGCAGGAGGCCAAUAUCACUGAACAGACAUUGGCAGAAGAGGCAUAUUUGGACGCCAGUAUAGGUUCAAGCCAACAGUUUGCACAAGCCCAGCUUCAUCCUUCUUCAUCAGCAUCGUUUACUCAGGCUUCUAAUGUUUCGAAUUACUCAGGUCAGACGCUGCAGCCUAUAGGGGUGACUCACGUGCCUGUUGGAGCAUCAUUUGCAAGCAAUACGGUGGGGGUGCAACAUGGCUUUAUGCAACACGUGGGGAUCAGUGUGCCCAGCCAGCAUCUGUCUAAUAGCGGUCAGAUUAGCGGUUCGGGUCAGAUACAGCUAAUUGGCUCAUUUGGUAAUCAACCCUCCAUGAUGACUAUUAAUAACCUAGACGGAUCUCAAAUCAUAUUGAAGGGCAGCGGGCAGCAAGCCCCAUCAAAUGUGAGUGGAGGACUCCUGGUUCACAGACAGACUCCCAAUGGCAACUCCUUGUUUGGGAGCUCCAGUUCCAGUCCCGUAGCACAGCCUGUUACCGUUCCAUUUAACAGCACAAAUUUUCAGACGUCUCUACCUGUGCAUAACAUCAUCAUACAGAGGGGUCUUGCACCAAAUUCAAAUAAAGUCCCGAUCAAUAUCCAGCCAAAGCCUAUCCAGAUGGGUCAGCAGAAUACGUACAAUGUGAACAAUUUGGGAAUACAGCAGCACCACGUUCAACAAGGGAUCUCCUUUGCCUCCGCCAGCUCACCCCAGGGCUCCGUAGUUGGUCCGCACAUGUCUGUGAACAUCGUAAACCAACAGAACACAAGGAAGCCAGUCACCUCACAGGCAGUGAGCAGCACUGGGGGUAGUAUCGUUAUUCAUUCUCCCAUGGGCCAGCCUCACACACCCCAAAGUCAGUUCCUCAUACCCACAAGCCUUUCUGUCAGUUCCAACUCGGUACAUCAUGUCCAGACCAUAAAUGGGCAACUGCUUCAGACUCAACCUUCUCAGCUCAUCUCCGGCCAAGUGGCCUCAGAGCAUGUCAUGUUGAACAGAAACUCUUCCAACAUGCUCAGGACCAACCAAGCAUAUUCUGGACAGAUGCUGAACAACCAGAAUGCCGCCGUCCAGUUGGUGUCUGGGCAAACGUUUGCCGCCUCUGGAAGCCCAGUGAUUGUCAAUCAUGCCUCUCCUCAGAUUGUUGGUGGACAGAUGCCCUUGCAGCAAGCGUCACCAACCGUAUUACACCUGUCACCUGGGCAGAGCAGCGUGUCCCAAGGGAGACCUGGCUUCACCACCAUGCCCUCGGUGACCAACAUGUCAGGACCUAGUCGGUUCCCUGUCGUCAGCUCAUCCAGCACUGCCCAUCCUAGUCUUGGGUCUGCGGUUCAGUCGGGUGCAUCAGGAUCAAACUUCACGGGAGAUCAGCUGACCCAGCCAAACAGGACUCCAGUACCGGUCAGUGCGUCUCAUCGUCUUCCAGUUUCUUCUUCCAAAUCUACCAGCACCUUCAGUAACACCCCUGGAGCGGGAACCCAGCAGCAGUUCUUCUGUCAGGCUCAGAAAAAAGGUUUGAAUCAGACUUCCCCCAUAUCCGCUUCCAAGACCACAGAUGGCCUGAGGCAAGCACAGAUCCCUGGCCUCCUGAACACCGCACUGCCAGGGCAGGAUUCUGGAAGCAAAGUUAUACCGGUGUCCUUAGGAACCGCACAGCCACAGCAGGAAAAGGUAGUUGGAUCAUCUCCUGGCCAGCCAGCUGUGCAGGUGGAUAGUCAUUCAGGAGGACAAAAGCGGCCUGCUACAAAACAACUAACUAAAGGAGCUUUCAUUCUCCAGCAGUUACAAAGGGACCAAGCCCACGCUGUGACACCUGAUAAAAGUCAGUUCCGAUCACUAAGUGAUGCAGUGCAGAGGCUACUCUCCUACCACGUGUGCCAGGGCUCCAUGCCCACCGAGGAAGACUUGAAGAAAGUCGACAACGAAUUUGAAACAGUUGCCACUCAGCUCCUAAAAAGGACCCAAGCGAUGCUUAACAAAUACAGAUGCCUGCUUCUAGAAGAUGCCAUGCGGAUCAAUCCCUCUGCUGAGAUGGUGAUGAUCGAUAGAAUGUUCAACCAGGAGGAAAGAGCUUCUCUGUCCCGAGACAAGCGUCUGGCACUUGUAGACCCUGAGGGUUUUCAGGCUGAUUUCUGUUGUUCCUUCAAACCUGAUAAAGCUGCUCAUGAGACACAGUUUGGCCGGAGUGACCAGCAUGGCAGUAAAGCGCCCAGCUCUCUGCACCUGACAGCCAAGGCCCAAAGCCGAGAACCGACGAAUCAUGACCAGUUUCAUCUAGUGCCUAAUCACAUCGUGGUCUCCGCAGAAGGAAACGUUUCUAAAAAAACUGAAUGCCUCGGCAGAGCACUGAAAUUUGACAAAGUGGGCUUAGCACAGUACCGGAGUGCAUCCGAAGAGAAAACAAGCCGGAGAGAGUCCACGAAGACCAGCGAGUGCUCUCCCGGCCCCGAAGGGCACCGGAAAACCUCAUCCAGACCAGAUCACGGUACUGAGAGCAAACUCUCAAGCAUCCUAGUAGAUUCUCACUUGGAGAUGACGUGUAACAAUUCCUUCCAGGACAAAACUCUGAGGAAUUCUCCAAAGAAUGAAGUUUUACACACAGACAUCAUGAAAGGGUCGGGCGAGCCCCAGCCAGACCUCCAGCUCACUAAGAGUUUAGAAACAACAUUUAAGAACAUCUUGGAACUCAAAAAGGCUGGGCGGCAGCCCCAGAGUGACCCCACGGUUAGCGGCUCUGUUGAGUUAGAUUUCCCCAACUUUUCUCCAAUGGCUUCGCAGGAAAACUGCCUGGAAAAGUUCAUCCCGGACCACAGUGAAGGCAUUGUAGAAACCGACUCCAUUUUAGAAGCAGCUGUAAAUAGUAUCUUAGAGUGUUAA